AUGGGCGAUAGUCAAUACUCCUUCUCCCUCACCACCUUCAGUCCAUCAGGGAAGCUGGUGCAGAUCGAGUAUGCACUCAACGCAGUAGCUGCCGGCGCCACAUCGCUCGGCAUCAAAGCGACCAACGGCGUGGUGAUCGCCACGGAAAAGAAGCUUCCCACAGAGCUCAUCGACGAGACCUCGGUGAAGAAAAUUCAACUGCUGACAGACAACGCAGGAGUCGUCUACAGUGGCAUCGGGCCUGACUCUCGGGUGCUAGUGAGGAAGAGCCGCAAGUCAGCACAGUCGUACUAUAGCGUGUACCAGGAGGUCAUUCCAGUGUCACAGCUGGUGCGGGAGACAGCGGCGGUCAUGCAGGAGUUCACCCAGUCCGGAGGUGUGAGGCCGUUCGGGGUGUCGCUGCUGAUGGCGGGGUAUGACUCACAGGGACCACACCUCUACCAGGUGGAUCCCUCAGGAUCCUACUUCGCAUGGAAGGCAUCUGCCAUCGGCAAGAACAUGACCAACGCCAAGACGUUCCUCGAGAAAAGGUACACGGAGGACAUGGAGUUAGAGGAUGCGAUUCACACGGCCAUUCUCACUCUCAAAGAAGGGUUCGAGGGGCAAAUUGCGGGCGACAACAUUGAGAUUGGCAUUGUGGGCAGCGACAAGAAGUUUAGAGUGCUUACUCCAGCUGAACGUCGAACUAUACGCACGGCGGUGCAGCUAAUAACGCGUAUAACGUUCGGAACGCGGGUCUCCGCCAUGGCCUCCUCGAGAUCUCCCUUGCCGUUCCUCGCGGAUCGAUUCCCCUCGCUGCGUCGCAACGUGAGGCCUAUCCAUUCGUUCUCCGCUGCUGUCCGUCCCUCUCCUUAUGGAGAGAGUCUCUCCAUAUGCACUCUCGCAAAAUCCACUUCACCUCUCGCUGAUGCACCGUCUUCCACCUCCCUUCACCGCACUCCACCUCUCUCAGUGCGUGCGUUGCUAGCCAUCAACCGUGCUGUGAGGGCAUGGCCGAGCAACAGCAACAGCUCCCUCUCCUGCAACCACUGGGCUGGUGUCACAUGCGACGCUCGAGGCUUUGUUACCCGCCUGGACCUGUCGCAAGUGGGGACGUUGUCAGGCUCUCUGCCUCCCUAUGCACUCGCCCAGCUAUGGCGCCUCACAUACCUUGCGUUUCUCCCCAUGCAGCUGCGUUCUUCCCCCACCCAGCUGCGUUCUUCCCCCACCGAGCGUGCUAGCAACGCAGCAGAGCGUGCUAGCAACGCAGCAGAGCGUGCUAGCAACGCAGCAGAGCGUGCUAGCAACGCAGCAGAGCGUGCUAGCAACGCAGCAGAGCGUGCUAGCAACGCAGCUGAGCGUGCUAGCAACGCAGCAGAGCGUGCUAGCAACGCAGCAGAGCGUGCUAGCAACGCAGCUGAGCGUGCUAGCAACGCAGCUGAGCGUGCUAGCAACGCAGCAGAGCGUGCUAGCAACGCAGCAGAGCGUGCUAGCAACGCAGCAGAGCGUGCUAGCAACGCAGCAGAGCGUGCUAGCAACGCCGCCGAGCGUGCUAGCAACGCAGCAGAGCGUGCUAGCAACGCAGCUGAGCGUGCUAGCAACGCAGCUGAGCGUGCUAGCAGCGCAGCUGAGCGUGCUAGCAGCGCAGCUGCUCCCACCGGAUCCCUUCGAAAGCCUCUUUUGCGACCCCUCUCUCCCUGUUCCUGCUCGCUCCUUGCAGGGACCUCUCAUACACAGCAGUCUCCGGUGCCUUGCCCAACGCUCUCACCGCCCUCACCAACCUCGCUUAUCUGUAAGCCAUCCCCCUCUGCCCUUGCGGUGAUUUUAGAGGCGCCUAAAAAAAUGCACCUCAAUGCACCUUGCCCGACACUCUCUCCACCCUCUUCAACCUCGCUUAUCUCUGUUCCAUAUAGUGUCUCCCUUUCCUCCCUUUCUUCUUUUAUGUGCAUGGCGCGGUGUUUUGGCAUGGUUUUACAUGGUGCCGCACGGUGUGGCAUGGUGCAUCAUGGCACCAGUGACCUCACGGCCACUCAAGUAUCCGGACCCAUUCCCUCCACCUUCUCCCACCUCACCAACCUCGAACACCUGGACCUCGCAUACACAUCCUUAUCAGGCGAGCUGCCGUCCACAUUAAGUGCCCUCUCCAAGCUUUCCUACCUCAACAUUCACCUACAGGGCGCUCCAGUGGGAGGCUCCAUCACCACGCUCACCUUCGUGUCUCGCCUCACCCGCCUGCACACGCUGGAGCUCUUUGGCUUUGAUGCCAUGACAGACUGCUUUAUGACUGCUCUCAGCGGCCUCUCCACCCUCACGCGCCUGCACAAGCUUGUGCUAGGGGACCUGGGCAGAGUGGUCGGAGAGCUGCCCUAUCAGCUUGGCUUCCUCACUCAGCUCACCCACCUGUAUGAAAUCACCGCACUAAACCCCCCUGCACUUCUCAACGUACAUUUUGCCUCCUUGUGUGCUGCUGUGCUGCUCCUGGUCUGA